AUGGGGGCGCCGCCCCGCGGUGAAGGUGCAAGCGAAGAGGUAUCCUCUGCCCCGCCACCGCCCACCGGCCCGGCGCCCCGCCCGCCGCCGCUGCCGCGCCCCCGGGCGCGCUCCGGUUUCUCCAGCCAUCUUGUCCCAUUUCCCUUUCUCCGCGGCCCCGCGCCGGGAGCGCUCCUGCCGCCCCCCUGCCCGCGCCCGGCCCGGCCCAUCUCCCCGCCUGGCCCGCUCCCGGCCCCAGCGCACCUGCCGAGCGGUCGGGGCCGGCGCCGCCUGCCUUCCCCGGCGGGCCCGCAACAAAGGCAGUGGCGGCGGCAGUUGCAGCUGCAGCCUCGGGACCCCCCGCCCCCGCCGCGGCCGAACCGCCGGGGGCCCGAGGGAGGGGCCGUGCCGCCCCCGGCCCCCGACCCGCACGUCCGCGCGCACUCACCGCCGGGCCGAGAGCCGAGGCGUGGGCCGGGGCCGCGGUGGAGACGCCGAGGGCUCCGGCCCGGCUGUCACAGCGCCAUCCUUUCCGUCUCUCCGGCUUCCCGUGCGCGCGGCCCCUCGGGAGGGAGCGGGGAGGACACGUGGUGGGAGGAGGGAGGGUCCGGCCGGGAGCUGAGGGUGUUGGGAGGCGAGGGGAGGAGCGCGGCUGAUGUCAGCGGGCCGCGGCGGCGCCGGGGGACGGCGUCCGCGCCAGCUCCCGACCCUCCUCCCGGCGUGGCUUCCGGCCGGUCCGCGCCGCGCGCUCCUCUUGGCUGA